GGGCUGGCAGGGCGGGGGGGGGUCCGGCCACGGGGGGGGCGGCGGGGGGGGGCGGAGGGGACGGGGCGGCCCCGCCGGCCCCGGGAGCGACCGGUAACACCCGCGGCCGGGGCUUCUGCCUUGGUUUGGUUCUGGUCACGCCGUGCACACCUGGGCUGGGGAGGGUGAGUGCUGUGGGAGGAGAGUGCGGGGCCGGCUCCUCUGCGGGCGCGCUAGAUGGGAAAAUAUACUACUUUUUUUUUUUUUCCUCCCCUCUGGUGGGAGAAAAUACUACACCCGCCGGAGGCUGUUUGUUGAUUAUUACUUGUGGCGGCUCCGCUGCGGCGUUGUGCAGCGGCUCUCUCACCCCAGGACUGCUGUUGUCUCCACAGAGGCUCCCGGGAAGUCACCCAGCGCCCUGGGAGGCAGCCCACGGCCGGGCGUUUCGGGCCUCGGAUUGACAGCGGAUCACGGGAAGAAAUGGGAUUAUUAUGACCCUCUUCCGAGGAGCUAUGCUGCCCACCAUGAGUAGGAAAAAAGGCCAGAAAUACCUUCUUUGGUUGCUGUCUGGUGCCGCAAGCUUCUAGCUUUUUUUUUAAUUAUUAUUAUUAAUUUUCUGCAGUUGCUUGGAGUCUCCGAGCUGCAUUGGAUAAAUGUAUUUCCCAAGCGAUUGACUCUGCUUUUCAGAGAAUAUUUUAAUUGUUUGUUGUUUUUUUUUAAGAACACCUCUCUGGUCUUCAAUACUUGUUUGAAUUUUACGCAACCGAACGGUUUCUCAGAGUAAUGGCCGCGCUCAGAAUCACCGCCUAAUGCUCCGGAGAGAUGAAUUGCAGCUGAAAGUUUCCCUUCCACCUUUGGAUGAAUCUCUGGAAUUUAAAUUGUAGGAAGGAAAGGGGAAAAAACCACGAUGAAAGAGAAGUCCAAAAAUGCUGCCCGGACUAGACGGGAGAAAGAAAACAGUGAAUUUUAUGAACUGGCUAAAUUACUACCCCUGCCCUCCGCGAUCACCUCUCAGCUGGACAAAGCAUCCAUAAUCAGACUCACCACCAGCUAUUUAAAAAUGAGGGUGGUUUUUCCAGAAGGACUUGGAGAAGCCUGGGGCCACUCUAGCCGAACCAGCCCGCUGGAUAAUGUCGGACGGGAACUGGGAUCCCAUCUUUUGCAGACGUUGGACGGUUUCAUAUUUGUCGUGGCUCCGGAUGGCAAGAUCAUGUACAUCUCAGAGACGGCCUCGGUGCACCUGGGCUUGUCGCAGGUAGAGCUGACCGGCAAUAGCAUUUACGAGUACAUCCACCCCGCCGACCACGAUGAGAUGACGGCGGUGCUCACGGCCCACCAGCCCUACCAUUCCCAUUUCGUGCAGGAGUACGAGAUCGAGAGGUCCUUUUUCCUGAGGAUGAAGUGCGUCCUGGCCAAGAGGAACGCGGGCCUGACCUGCGGGGGCUACAAGGUCAUUCACUGCAGCGGGUACCUGAAGAUCCGCCAGUACAGCCUGGACAUGUCCCCCUUCGACGGCUGCUACCAAAACGUGGGCUUGGUCGCCGUGGGCCACUCGCUGCCGCCCAGCGCCGUGACGGAGAUCAAGCUCCACAGCAACAUGUUCAUGUUUCGGGCCAGCCUAGACAUGAAGCUCAUAUUCUUAGAUUCCAGGGUAGCUGAGCUAACAGGUUACGAGCCCCAGGACUUGAUAGAGAAGACCCUUUACCACCACGUCCACGGCUGUGACACCUUCCACCUGCGAUGCGCGCAUCACUUGUUGCUGGUGAAAGGGCAAGUGACCACCAAGUACUACCGCUUCCUGGCCAAACACGGCGGCUGGGUGUGGGUGCAGAGCUACGCCACCAUCGUGCACAACAGCCGCUCCUCCCGCCCGCACUGCAUCGUCAGCGUCAACUACGUCCUCACGGAUACUGAAUAUAAAGGACUACAGCUCUCCCUGGAUCAGGUCACUGCUACCAAGCCGGCAUUCUCAUACGCAAAUUCAACUCCGACCAUAACGGAUAAUAGAAAGGGAAGCAAAUCUCGCCUCUCGAGCACAAAGUCAAAAUCAAGGACAUCACCAUACCCACAGUAUUCUGGAUUUCACACUGAGAGAUCCGAGUCUGACCACGAGAGCCAGUGGGGCGGGAGCCCCUUGACAGAUACAGCUUCUCCCCAGCUACUGGAGCCUGCAGACAGACCCAGCUCCCAGCACCAUGAAGUCUCCUGUGCCUACAGACAGUACUCAGACCGCAGUGCUCUCUGCUACGGUUUUGCACUCGACCACUCCAGGCUGGCUGACGACAGACAUUUCCAUACUCAGGCCUGUGAAGGAGGCAGAUGUGAAGCUGGACGGUAUUUCCUUGGCACGCCACAGCCGGGGAGGGAGAGCUGGUGGGGUUCUCGUUCAGCAUUGCCCCUGACUAAGUCGUCCCCUGAGAGCAGAGAAGCGUAUGAAAACAGUAUGCCCCACAUAACGUCAGUGCACAGGAUUCAUGGGAGAGGACACUGGGAUGAGGACAGUGUCGUUAGCUCACCUGAUCCUGGCUCUGCCAGUGAAUCAGGUGACCGAUACCGUACUGAGCAAUAUCAGAGCAGUCCGCAUGAGCCCAGCAAAAUUGAAACUCUAAUAAGAGCCACCCAGCAAAUGAUUAAAGAGGAAGAAAACAGACUACAGCUGCGGAAAACAACCCCUGAUCCACUGGUUUCCAUUAAUGGCACAGGGAAGAAGCACGCUAUCUGUUUUGCAAACUACCCUCAGCAGCAGUUGGCAGGGGAUGUCUGUCGCGUCCCGACGGUUGCCAACACUCCUCCCUGUGAACACAUCCAGCAACAAGAUGGAAAGAUUAUGAGCCCACAUGAAAAUGACUAUGACAACAGCCCCACAACACUGUCUAGGAUAAGCAGCCCCAAUUCUGACCGAAUAUCAAAAUCUAGUUUGGUACUAGCUAAAGACUAUCUGCAUUCAGACAUGUCCCCUCAUCAAACCCCAGGGGACCACCCAGCAGCCUCUCCAAGUUAUUACAGCUCCCACAGGCAGUACUUUGAUAAGCAUGCUUACACAUUAACUGGAUAUGCCCUGGAGCAUCUAUAUGACACUGAAACCAUUAGAAACUAUUCACUAGGCUGUAAUGGAUCACACUUUGAUGUGACUUCUCACUUAAGGAUGCAGCAAGAUCCAGCACAAGGACACAAGGGAACAUCUGUUAUAAUAACCAAUGGAAGCUGACGCUUUUUAUCUGAAAACUUUUGUGCUUUAAAAAAUAGCCUUUGAGAUCUAAUUGGAAGAUAUUAUAUGUUUUCAUGCCCGUGUCGUUACCAGCAUUUGAUAUACCACAGUGCACUAGAAAGAAUAACCUAAGGUUUGGGAGGGUAAGUUAGUUAACACACAUUACUUUUAAAAAAUAGAAAUGCACUGGCACACAGGGUUAGAGUGAACGGAGCUAAACUCAAAGUUGGUGCCAUGCAAGGUAAGAAGGAUGGAAGAGGUCUAGGCAGGGAGUGCUUGGGGCAGGCUAGCAGAGCAAUUUAUGCACAUUGUGUAAGAGGUGGUUGUUUGGAAACGCUGCCAAGGGCAGACCUUCUGAAUUGCAUGUGCCCACAGGUCCCAGCCAACAAAACGGCUAUGCACUCUUUUUACGCAGAAAGUUGGAGCGUGUUCCUUCAAAAUACACAUCAAAAUGUGUACUUCUGGUGAUCUCUUUAUUCCCUAAUGGCCAAGUGUGUUAUGCUGCUCCAUGGUAUAAAGCAUCCAUGGCUAACCAAUACAAAAUCAAAAAGGGGAGAAAGAAAAGAGAACUCCUCAAAUUGUUAUUUCCUUGUGUACUCACAUGCAUAGUUAUUUACAUACGCUUGAUUUGAAAGGAGUCAAAUGAGCACUAUCCUAAUGAUUAGUACGAUGAAAUAUUUACUUCUACUGUAUUUAAAAGAAAGAGGGCCUUUCUCAGUGUAGUUUUGAGAAGUACAUAGGGCUUGGUUGUCUUGAUGUAGAGACGGGAGAUUGUCCUCAUAUUUUUGAAAGGUUGCACAAGGUGGGUAGAGGAGUGAAAUGGAAGAAAAUUAUCAGGAGAAACAGGAAGAAUAGGCUGGAAUUAGGAGCCGUCCAGGAUAAACACAUUUAACCCUAUGGCUAUGUAUGCCAUUCAGUAAUAAUUAUAAAAUAAGGAAAAAGCAGUUCUAAGUGGCCAAACAAUUAAGAAUUAAUUUGAAACACAGAAGGAACUCAACAGAAUUGUAGAAAUUUUGCUGUAAAAUACAAAGGCAAUCUCAUAAGUGUAAAAAUAUGAGGUGAGAACAGACAAAAAAUGUAUGGUGGUUUGUCCUACUUCUGAUAAAGCUUUGGAGUAAAUUAAGAAAGCAUAGAAAGUUGUAACUACUCUGUCUGACAUACAGUAAAGCAAUAGGUAUGACUUUGAAAAAGACACAUGCAUUCUUUUCUUGCUUGCAGCAGAAAAUUUAAUGAAUAUCAGAACAUAUUAGGGAUAUCAAAAUCAGUCAUGUGUACAUAAAAAUAUACUGAGGAAAAUCAGGGUUCCAAGAAAUUCAAUUGCAUUAAGAAUGCUGAUCUUAUCAGGGCCUGUCAUAGAGUUAUAGAAGACAUCAAAAGAGGCAGAGAAGUAUUUUGCAAUUUUUAAUAAUCUCAUGAACAAAGAGACACUAAUUGAUUGGAAAAGAGUAAAUAAAAAACACAUGCUAAAAAAAGUAAAAUAGGGCAUUUGUAGGCACAGUCGCUAGACCUGUCCUUCUUUGUAUGGCAUUUAUAAGAAUUCUCAAGUUCGACUGCAACGGGAGCAGGACCACCGCUCCCUAUUAUACCAAUGUGGAGGUAAGGGGACUUGAGGUGGUUACUAAAACGAGAUUAGCACUAAGUCUAGCUUCAUUUGUAACAUUAAGAAGCUCGACAUAUGGGACUGAGUCAUCAAUGGAACUAAAUAUAAACCAGCAUGCUACGGGUGGGUUAAAAAUACCUAUUUUCAAAUAAAACUAAUCAGAAGCAAAAGCUAAAUAAUAACAUUAUAAGCCACGUAAGUAGAGAUGUACUUGAAAGCAGAGGAAAUUACCUCUCUGAACUUGGAAUAUUGUGUAUAGUCCUGAACACUCCAAGGCAGAUUGUGAAUCUUGAAUUGAGUAGUACCUUACUCCAUAAGCAACCUUUGUUGACUGCAGUGUGAUCACUCCUGGUGAAAUGUACGUUGAACACAAGGAAGAGCAACACAGUCUGGUCUUUAUUAUCUAAAGCUCAUAAUAGAAAAGGUGGAGCAGAGCUCAGCAAAAGAUAAAGAGACUGAAAGAUCUAAUAAAAACUUUAAAUAAACUAGGUCUGUCAUCUUUGUAAAGGGAAAGAGUAAGGGGGAAUGUCACUGGUGUGCACCAAGCUCUGCACAGAGGAGAGAUAAAUAAUGGUCUAAAACUAUUUGAACUAGCGGCAGAAAUGAGAGACAGGGCAUUGAAUGUUAGCCAAGGCAAAAUGAGAACAAAAUGAUUUGGCAAGAAGUUUAUUUGACUAACUGCCAAAUGAAUAACAAAGGUCAUAAAGAGAAGCAGCUAGAGAUUUUUGUUUGUUUGUUUGUUUUAAGAUAAAACCAAGGCAAAUAAUUAAGGGGGAGAAAAACAUCGACAACUGUUUACUCAGAAGAAGGAAUGGACCAAAAUGGACUUCUUUCAGCCCAACAAUUGUAUAUAUUCCUAAAGCAUAGGAAUGAGAAAGUAUUUUUGAUAAAUCUAGUUCUGGAUACAUAUUUAUUUCGCUUAUUCCUAUGAAUAAUAUGAAUAAACUUGUAUUUGGAGUCUCACUGUACAGUAUUAAAAUACAAUUUGCAAAGCGAAUUAGAGUAGAGGUACAUGGUAUCAUAUAAUCCCUACUAGCACAUGUAAAAAUAAGUCUAAGUGUCAAUAUUAUUUUGUAUUACAGAAGAGUUUCCUAAACCAUUUGGAUGAAUGGGAUUUUGUCAGCACCCAAGUUUCUUGGGAUCACCGAGCACUCUUGUUAUCAAGCUUUUAAUUAGAAGGCAAUAGAGUUCUGCAGACCAGCUGCAGUUCCCUGGCUAUGGUCUAGUGGCCACAACUAGUCAGGAAACCACAGUUUGGGCACUGUUACUGUUUAUUUGCAUUCUGACAGGCACUUUUGAAAAAUAGAAGACUGAUAAAGCCAACAGGCACAAUAUAAGAUGCUUGUACUCUAUAUGAUUUCACCUAGGAAACAAGCCAGUGUGCUAUGCAAUAAAAAUUCCCCAUUCUUAUUUACUGUGAUCCCAAAAUAAAACUUCUCAAACUGUAGUUAUUUAUCCUAUUUUCAAUAGUUCCAGUCCAUCACAAUGACAAAUGCAGCAAAAUGCACUGUAAUGAAUGGAAAAUGCCAAUAAGAGGUCUGUACGUGCAGCCACGUUGUGCUACAAGCAAAGGCUGAUGCUCACUCCCCUCAUGAGAUUCCAGCAGCUGGCACUUCUUAGCACUUUGAUACAGUCUGCCAGAGAUAGAUGCCUUUUGUCAGCUAAUUUGCCAUCUUGCUUCUUUAGAUAGCCAGGAAUUUCUUCUUAAUCGACAGAAAACAUUGAAUGUUGUAAACAUAGACUCCGCAUGCUACACGCUACAUGAAAGCAAGUUUGCAAUCUUUAUUAUAGCAUAUAAUAUCACUGCAGCUCAUAUUACAUGUACUUUUCAAUAUGGUAUAAAGCAUUUU